AUGAGGGUAACCAAGCAAGCCGUUAUUAAAUUUAGCAUUGGAAGGUAUCAAGAUAAAAUCUUGUGUGAUGUGGUACCUAUGCAAGAUUGUCAUCUUUUGCUUGGGAGGCCUUGGCAAUUUGAUAGGGAUGCGCAACAUAGUGAGAGGUCCAAAAAGUAUUCAUUUGUGUUCGAGGGUAGAAAGUACACUCUUGCCCCAUUUACACCCUAUCAAGUGAGUGAAGAUUAUCGAAUCAUAAAGGAACUCGGAGAGAGGGUUCAAAAUAAGGAAAUGGAGAAGCAUGAUAAGGGAACCUUGGUGGCUAUUGGUGGAGAAGGAUCAUCUCAAGAUGGAUCCAAGAGGUGUAUGUUGGCAAAAUCAAGAAAUUAUUUGAAGGGAGUUGAUGAGAGGCACUUCAUGGUGUACCUUGUAAACAAAGAUCUUCUUUUGCAUACUAACCAAACUACUAGCACUUUGCCUAGUAGCGUGUCUUCUCUUUUGCAGGAAUAUGAUGAGCUAUUUCCGGAGGAAAUGCCCAAUGAAUUACCUCCAUUGAGGGGUAUUGAACAUCAAAUUGACUUUGUACCGGGUUCACAAAUUCCCAACAAACCGGCUUAUAGGAGCAAUCCGAAAGAAACAAAAGAAUUGCAAAGGCAAGUUGAGGAGCUUCUUGAAAAGGUUCUAGUAAAGAAGAGUCUUAGCCCAUGUGCCGUUCCGGUGAUUCUUGUUCUAAAGAAAGAUGACACUUAG